AUGGCGGCGGUGGUGCUCAGCGCGGGAGCUAAAGAGAGUGGCCUGAUGUUGAUGGCAAGCGAUAUACGACGGAGGCUGAUUGCGUACGCUGAGUGUUUCUUGGUGAACUAUCACCGUGUGGGCGGUGGCGCGCGUUCCAAGUAUUGUCGAGAGCUGUCAAGACGGAAGGAGCCCAUUAGAGUUCGGUACUCCGACGGCAGGGGCAGAAGAGAUGCAGGUCUCCGUUCUGCUAUGCUGUUAGACGUGUUGGGUUGCAGAGCUACUGUGCGGCGGCAGAACGAUAGGGCAGCUCGAGGCCAGGCAGGCAGAAGCAAUGCUUGGUGCCGUCGUGGAACCUUUCGUCGACUCUGGGGACGCCAGGCACCGGCCCAGCAGCUAGCGGGCGGCGGGGCCGUGCGCGCUGGUCAGGUGCUUGCACGCAGCACGCAGGCACACCCUGAAACGCUGCUCCUGCGCCCGCCCGACCAGCGGCCGUCGCCCGUCGCCAUCGCCAUACUUACGCGCCUACCCGCCGCCCGCUCCCUCCUUGCGCACACAACCACCCUCCGUCUAUUCGCCCGCGAGACGCUGCAAUCUUCCACCGUCCCCAGCCCGCUCUUCUGGAAUGUGGCAGCACCGGCGCCCACUCGUUGCCUGAGAUCCCCCCGCGCCCGCGCCCACCCACCGCUCGCCCACCACUCACCAGCUGCCGCCGCAUCUCUUGACCCUCGCCGCCCGCGAACCGUCCCGCGCACGCCAGACAUUCCAGCAAUCCCUUCCGCGCGCUCCCAGAGCCCCAUUUGCGACGCCGACCGCAGAUAG